GCGGCUUCAGGACAGUCGCGUCAACGCGCUCCGCAAGGACAGUACUAUCCCAUCAGCAAGCAUGGAAAUAAUACGAGUGUGUCAGUGACUCAAGGCAACUCUUCACUGCACAUUUACUGACGGAAUGCGCGAUGACAAUGAUGAUGAUGAUUAUGUCUUCACUACGGGACGCGCGCGUUGCUGUCAUUCGUCAGAUUCAUGCCGUCAAAGUCACGCGAAUAAAGUCCUGAGGAGAAUGGCCGUGCACAGAGAGGGAUGGCAACUUUCAGCAGCACGCCCCUGGACCUGCGGAGACUCUUGCAGAAACUAGCCGUCAUGUUCUCCUUGAGCGUCGCGUGCGUCGCGGUCCUGUAUCUUCUGCUGGGAUGCUGUUGCGAGAGUUCGCCGAUGGGAUGGGAUGAUAAUGAUAAUAAGACCGCGUUGAGUGUGGGAGAAGAGCUCAGCUCGACCCGGAGACUCCCGCACGCGCUCAUUAUCGGCGUAAAGAAGGGAGGAACGCGCGCGCUCCUGGAGUUCCUGAGGCUCCAUCCGGACGUGCGCGCGCUUGGAUCGGAACCGCACUUCUUUGACCGGCACUACGCGCGCGGACUCACCUGGUACAGGAGCAUGAUGCCCAAAGCCCUCAACGGGCAAAUCGUGAUGGAGAAGACGCCCAGAUACUUCGUCACCGCCGAGACGCCGGGCCGCAUCCACGCCAUGUCGCGCGACAUCAAGCUAAUCGUGGUGGUGCGAGACCCGAUCACCCGCGCAAUCUCCGACUACACCCAGAUCAUCUCAAAGACCCCAGACAUUCCCAGCUUCGAGAGCCUGACGUUUAAGAACCGAUCGGCGGGGCAGAUCGACUCGCUCUGGAGCCCGCUGUACAUCGGCCUGUACGCCACACACCUGGAGCGAUGGCUAGCAUACUUCCCGCUCGCGCAGAUACACUUCGUCCACGGAGAGAGACUGAUCAGCGACCCGGCGGGCGAGCUGGGUCGCGUGCAAGACUUCCUCGGACUGCAGAGGAUCAUCACGGAUAAACACUUCUACUUCAACAAGACCAAGGGCUUCCCUUGCCUCAAAAAGCCAGAAGGCAGUAGCAAACCUCACUGUCUGGGCAAAACCAAAGGCAGAACGCAUCCUAAAAUCAACCCAGAGGUCAUUCAGAAACUGAGGGAAUUCUACCAGCCACACAACCUGAAGUUCUACCAGAUGGUGGGGAUGAACUUCGGAUGGCAAUGAACUUUUGUGGUCAAUGUUGAGCAAGAAGUGCAGUGAAACACGAUAUCUUAGGUUUGUCGAUGGCUCCGUCGCUGUCCAAGACACAGUAAACGCAGGCCUGAGCAUUUCGGGUCAGAACACUGGCUCAGUUUGAGAGAACUGAUAGCAAUGACCUUAAAUAUUGGUUUAAGCAGCACUUUUCAGCUCUUGCCAUUUUGCUUUCGCACUCGAGGAACCUUUUCAUAGUUCCUAGAAGUAUUGGCGGGAGUUCCCCCGAUUUCGGCGUGUUCGCACCGCAGGAACUAGGAACGAUUUUAGUUCUAGGAACUCCUUUCGGAGGAACUAAUUUACUCCUACUUCAGAGUCGGUCUAAACCAGCGCUAUAGGAACUAUCCAUGACGUUAGUGUUCGCAGAUUGGCCGAAUCCACGCGAAACACCGUUUUUUUUAAAAGCUGUGUAAACACACAGAUUAUAGCCUAUAUAUUUACACCCGAAACUAACUCUACGAACAUGUAAAACGGUGGUAGAUGAUCCGCUUGACCUUUACGCUGAGGAGAAAACCCAACGCAACUCUGAGGGACCGAGAGAAUCAUGAUGAUGUGUUUCUCCCCAGCAACACGACAUCAACACACGCCAUACGCUGAUGACUUUUCACUACUGUCUACCUUCUAUAAUAGUUCUAUCUAAUAACGUACUGUUAGACAGAUCAUAAACUAAUGAACAGGAGAAUGUGAGCGCUGUGAGCUCAGGCUCUGGCGUUCAAAAUAAAAGUCACAACAAGUUCCUACUGGCGCUCGAACGCAACCAGGAAAAUUCCUGAAUCCUAGUUCACACUACAUGAUUUUAAGCCCGAUUUAAAGGGAUAGUCACUUUGAAAUUAAUUUUUGGUAUGU